AUGUCUACCAGUGAGCCAAUGGAACAAAUCGCAGCUCUCAAGCAGUCAACAAUCUCUCUCCAGCAAAGUGCUGAAGAGUCAGGGCUAACUUGUCACGCAAAGGAGGAGCUUCACCAACUGCUCAGUGCGGUUUGCCUUUCUGAGCGACACUUGGAGGAUCUGAAAAGUACGGAACCCGAUAUACAGAAGAAGUUAAAAGUCUAUUUGUCUAUUCUGGUGGACUUGGAAAAGAUUCAGAGGUCUACAGGGGUAGUGGAAAAAGAGGAUCUUAUUGAAGAUAUACGCGCUCUUCUAUCUGAUGUGACCUUUGGUUUGAACAUCAUGAAUGCCCAUAUCACAAUAUCAUCACAAAACAGCUUAAACCUAAUGCUCAGAGACUACAUCAUCGAGAUCGCCACCAAAAGACGGGACGGAAACGUUCUCUCAGACGUUUUCAAAGCAGCCUCAUCAGUCGAAAUGGACAAGGCCUGGAGUAAACUGCAGAAUGAGCUUGAGGACUUUGGAAUGUCACAAGAACAGUCUGAGGAGGAGCAGGGCUUUAUCCUCAUGACUCUUCGAAAGGCGGCCCUUGAGACUAAACUCCUUGGAGAUGUUGUGAAGCCAUGCGAGGAAGAGAUCCCCGAAGCACCAUCACCAACAACUUUCACCAACUCUUCGAACGCAGAUGGAAGCGCCUCGUCAAUUUAUUCAAGGAGCUCGACUGAGUCUUUUACCGAAAGUGUCGAAAGGGUUUCACUUAAGAAUUACCACAGCCCAAUUCCCGUGGAGACUGGGGUGAAAGCUAAGCGUCGCCUCACGUUGCAAACAUUCGGUCUGAGUGGCUUCUCAGAACCCAGUGAAUCCAUCCUAGCUCUCGGUGACUUCAACCCCAAACCCAGGAAAAUUGCUCCAGUUAUUGAGAUUUCCGGUUCUCUCCAUACAUCUGAUGGGACAAGGCCGGCCGGGAAAUCCAAGCUCAGCAAGUCUAUCCAGGAAUUCUCAGACCGAAAGAGCAGAGGGCGAUCUGCGUCAGAAGGGAAUGGGUUCGUGGACCCUUCCACGCCAGUACCACUGGUAGUAACGGAAGUGACAGCAACUACGAAAGGCAAAAAACCCAAACCAGGACUGAUGAGUCGGAUGAAGUUCAAGAUGCUGAACAACAAGGAAGAGUUCUGCACAUUGAUUCAAUCAGGUGACAUUGAGCAAGUCCGAUCAGUACUCGACAAGGGAGCUAGCGCAAAUCCUGAAAACGUUCAGGGGCAGACAGGUCUCAUUAUAGCUGUUGCAAAUAACCAUAAGGAGGUCGCCAAACUUCUAUUGGAGCGCGGUGCCAGAAUCGAUGCAGUGGCUGAGGAUGGUGAUACCGCACUCUCGAUGGCUACAUCUCUAGGGCAUGAAAGUAUCACGAAGAUGCUCCUACGAAAUGGUGCAAAUCCCAAUGCUGCUUCAUUUUACGGGAAAACUGCCCUCUCACAGGCUGCUACGGCCGACAAUUUGACUCUGACACAUCUACUCUUGGACUAUGGCGCGGACCCGAACUCAUGCACUUCAACUGGCGAGAUACCUCUUGCCUAUGCCGCUGCUCAUGGUCAUUUUGAGAUUGCGCAGUUACUUUUGAGCAGAGGAUCGCUUGCGGAUGAAGUUGGCCUCGGCGGCCACACACCUCUUUUCAGAGCCGUCGAGAACGGUAGCCUUCGCAUGGUAGAAUUACUACUGGAGAAAGGCGCAGAUCCGCAUAAAAGAAGCCGCAAUAAUACUCCACUGAAAUUCGCCAUUCGAGAGUGCAAACAGGAAAUCCUUUCCUUAUUCAUUCGCCAUGGAUUUUACAACACAGGCUAUCGCAAAAACAUGAACAGACGUGCCAGCCGGUCUGGUAUAGUCCUGAGCCUAGCCAAUGUCUCUGCUGAAAUAAUGCCAGCUAUUGUUUGA